AUGCAGACGUCCGUUGUCACCAUCGGCUCCCACGCUGCCACCGGCACCAGCACCACUACGACGACGACGACCACCUCUCGCCGGGACUCGAGACAGGGUAGCUGGAAAUGUGGAAAUUGCCCCAAGAACUUUGCUCAGACCCUCGCCGCUGACAACCAGAAACGGCAGCAGGACCAGCAAGCGGCGCAAAAGAAUGCCAAUCGCCGACUAAGCCAGCAGCGGGAACAACAACAGGUGCAAUCGUCAGACCAGAGCCCCGCGCAGUUCCUGUAUCUAAGCGGCGAGCCUCACCCAAGCCUUGAGGACAACAUCGCCACGAGGGACAUCCGCUCGACGGGGACGUCUCCCGAAUUGGAUCCUAUGAGGGUCGCCAACGGUUCGGCCCACGGCGGCACAACAGGCAACGUAAUGCCUCUCUCGACGCCUUCACCCCAGGGCCACCACCCGUCCGCUCCCGCCUCCAACAUUGGCAUCGGCAGCUGGCAUGUCGAGUCACCACCAAUCACCAGAUCGGAUAGCAUUUCUGAUCAGCUCUCAGGCGGGCCGCUGCGCGAUGCGGGGAUGAGCCUAGACUGGUUCAGGCAGAACAUCUACCCCUUCAGUGCCGCCGGCAGCGAGAGCGGCGAAUCCGUGUCCCCCUGGCAGCGCGGCAGACUGUCGCCGUCGAGGGGCAACCCGUUUAUGCCAUCUGAUGGCGCACUAUCGGCUGAGCUGGACUACGUCAACGACAGUGCCAUGACUGGCAUCUCCAACGAUGACUUGAACUUUGAUCUCCUUGGCUCCCUGGGCAUACUCACCCAGAACCACGUCUCUACACCCACCGCACAGCAAUCCCCUCUAUCAGCCCUGCUGCGCCCCCCAACCGCAGCCCCUACAUCCGGCCCGGGCAUGCCGCCACCAGUGCGCAGCAUGGCCUCCCAUAGCCACAGCCCCUCGAGCACGGACGAGGAGUUGAGUGCAAAGGAAUCUCUGCACGACGCUGUCAAAAUGGCAACUGGCGGAGGCUCUUCGCUUAGUGGCAAGUUUGAAGACCACGGCUGGCAGCGCUGCCCGUUCCACAAGCUGAAAACCGCCGAUGAGCUUGUUCGCACCAUCUGCAACUACCCGAGAAUCAUGGUCCGGCCCGGCGAGUAUCCGCCCUUUGUCCACCACAAGGUAUAUCGGUGUGCUACGGGAGAGGUUUCGGAGCCGCUUGCUAGGGCAUUCUGCUGUGUUGGUGCCUUUUAUGCCUCUGUUCCGACAAGCGAGACCUUUGUAUACUCCAUGAUUAACGAGGAGAGCAGGAAGCUCAUUGACUUGUUUCACAAAUGGUCAGGCUCGGACAGCGAUAUGCUCGCCGUUAUCCACGCCAUGUGCAUCUACCAGAUUCUCGGCUUCUUUGCGAGCAGCAGCCCAGCCCAAGCGCAGCUGUCCGAGAUGCUCCACUUGUAUUUUCUCAAGCACCUCCUCCCGCUCUCCUCUGACGAGGUCACGGACGAGGUGAGCUGGCGUCGAUGGAUCAUGAAGGAGACGAUUCGACGAACCGUCCUCCUCGUCAACACCAUCAAUACCCUCUCGUGCAGGAUUCAGAAGCAGAAUCCGUACUACUUUGAGCCCCUGGACGAUAACCUUGUCCGAAACACAACACUUCCAGCCCCGGAAUCUCUAUGGAAAGCCUCCUCGGCCGAGGAAUGGAUAGCUGCCAAGGCGCAGCUGGGACCCGAGGAAGCCGCGCGCAGUUGCCUGACGGUUCAGCAGGUGGUCGACCAGUUCAUGUCGGAAAACGACCCCAACGACCACCAGAACCACGACAUUUGCCGCGUCAAGUAUGAGCAAUUUGAUGCCUUUACGAGGCUUAUUCUUGCCACAGCAAGCAACAGCUAA